AGGUCCUGUUGAAUCAUGGCCGAAGAUGGUGCUGAUACUUUUCCGGAGUUGCUAAGUGUGUACAGAGUGUCUGGUCCCAGAAGCAAUAGCAUUUCUGAUGACAGUGUUUCAAAGUCCUGCUUUUCUCAAAACUCUGUUCCAAAUGUUUGGAGAACUCCAAAUAUUAUUCAGAAGCUUAAGCUGGUAGAGAGGGUUAAUGGUGUAACGAGAGUGACUGACAGCAGUAGCCAGAAGUACAAAAGCAACUCUCUUCCUCCGCAGGACAAGAGCAAUUCUCUGUCUCCGGAGGACAAAAGCAACACUCUUGGUACUCUGGCUUCUGAGGGAAGUGAAACUUUGAACGACAGCAAUUUGUCUCUUCAAUCAGUAUUGACUCCAACAUUAGAGAAAAAGUUAAAUUCAUCUACUGGAGUUGAUGCAACUACAUCUAAGGAUUGCGAAAAUGAAGAAUCCCUAGAAAUCUAUGAUGAAAACAAUGAUGAGACUGUUGACAACAUAUCUGACAUUGUCUCGGACAGUGAUGAUGAUUGUUCUUUAGAUGACAUUGUCUCGGACAGUGAUGAUGAUCGUUCUUUAGAUGACAUUGACUCGGACACUGGAGAGAGAAGCCAUGAACAGUGCAAGAACAGCAAGUGGCUUAGGAAUUUCUUUGAUGGAUUAAAUGCACUGGCCAAUGAGGAGAUAAGUUCACAAGACAGACAGUGGCAUUGUCCAGCGUGCCAAGGGAUCCCUGGUGGUAUUGGUUGGUACAAGGGGCUGCAAUCACUUUUGGAUCAUUCCAGAACAAUACAAUCAAAGAGGGUAAGACUGCACCGAAUGUUUGCUGAAACCUUGCAAGAAGAGUCUUUCAGGAGAAGGGUUCCAUUGACAGUGGUCUGUGAAAUCCAUGAUGGAUGGGAGGGUCUUGAUAGGUGUCAGAAUCCAUUUAUCGCAUGUGGGAAGCGCCAACUCUAUGGUUAUUUGGAUUCUAAAGAAGAUUCUGAUGAUUUCAAUCGUCACUCUGGAGGUAAGCCAGAUUUGAAGUUUGAAAUGAGAUCAUACCAAGAGAUGGUUGAGAGCAAGAUAAACCAUAUUAACGAUGAUAGUCGGAAGCUUAACAACUACAAAAGCUUGAUAGCCGAAGAACAAGUCAAAUCACAAGUCUGUGUAGAUUCUUCAUGUGAAUUAAGUGAGAAGUUAAGCCUCAGAAUAGAAGAAAACCAUGUUGAUCGACAGAACAAGGAGAUAGACGCAGAAGAAAAAAGUUUCCAGGACCAAAUCCAAGUCAUAGCACCAAAAGGAGACCAGUCUGUGAAAUUGCAGCACGCAAUGCAAGAAAAAGCAGAAAACACUUGUCAAGAAUCUGUCAAGAAAGAGGAGAAUUCCCAGAAGUACAAGGAGAUUAUGCAGUUGGGGUCGGAGAGAGAGAAAAUAAUGAAAAUUCAUGAAGAGAAAUGGUUGGCUCUGAAGAAGAAACAGUGGCAGGAGCUGGUUGAACUUGAGAAGGAAUUAGAGAAUGAACUGACGCAGCUCAUGGACAAGUACGCUUCCAACUAGUCAUAAGAGAAAGACAUAUCUAAACUGAAUGGCUGCUGAGUACAUUACCAAAAACCAAAACAGAAGAGUGGCUAAGACCAGAAUCAUCUACUGACAUACACAUAUCUCUCAUGAAAUUGGCUUUUUUGGUUGUAGUCUUCAUUCGAAAAAUGAGAGUGACAUUUGACAAACCUCACUGACAUUAGAAUUUUGGUCUCGUUUUACUCUUAAAUGUAGUUUUUGUUCUUAUUGUAUUUUUUAAGUUUAGCAUUCUUUGCUAGCAAGUUUUCUGUACAAUUUUAUGUUGAAGUUAUUGUCUUAUUGUAGGAUA